GCGUACAUUAUUUUACAAAUGUAGUUUCUAAAUGUGCGCACUUGCUCAACUUUCGUAGUUGUAUCGAUUAAUUAAAUAAAAUAAAUUCUUCGAGAUCCCUGACCUGUUAACAGUGCUAUAUUUAUAAAACAAUAUGAGCACUACGGGGGAGCAGUUGACCUUAGCCAGGGACAUAAAGAGAGCCAUUGAGCUGCUCGAGAAGCUGCAACAGAGUGGUGAAGUGCCAGCGACUAAACUCGCUGCUUUGCAGAAGGUGUUACAAAGUGAUUUCCUGAAUGCUGUGCGAGAAGUGUACGAGCACGUCUACGAGACUGUAGAUAUCCAGGGCUCGGCUGAUAUUAGAGCUUCAGCCACUGCAAAGGCGACCGUGGCAGCAUUCGCAGCCGCCGAAGGCCAUGCUCAUCCCAGAGUUGUAGAACUCCCGAAAACCGAGGAAGGCUUAGGUUUCAACGUUAUGGGUGGUAAGGAGCAAAACUCCCCUAUUUACAUCUCCAGAAUCAUCCCCGGUGGUGUUGCUGAUCGUCAUGGUGGACUGAAAAGAGGAGACCAGCUGCUGUCAGUUAAUGGCGUAUCCGUGGAAGGUGAGAACCACGAGAAAGCUGUAGAGCUACUAAAGCAGGCUGUUGGCUCUGUAAAGCUGGUAGUCAGGUACACUCCUAAAGUUUUGGAAGAGAUGGAAAUGAGAUUUGACAAGCAGAGGACUGGUCGCAGACGAACCAACUACAAUUAAAAAAUAAAUCCUCAUGCUUGAUGUUCAAGCUAAGGCUAUUAUCAUUUUUAGCAGCACUGGAACAAUUUGUUAUGGUAAAAUGGAUCCUUAUUGAUGAGUGUCUUAGUAUGUUACUUAUCUGUUUAAUAUUUGACCUAAUGUUCAUAUUGACACAUGCAACAUUUACGCACUUUGAAUCAUGGUUUAAUAUUGGAUGUUUGCCCUGUCAAUAUGUAUAAGUGAGAGACACUUGGAGCUUCCCUACAAUAUACUAAUAUUGAUGCAUUUACUUGUAUGAAUUGAAACCAGCAGUUGGUUAUCAUUGUGAAGUGUUUGCCAUGAGUAAAGUUUGACAGGACUAUGCUCAGGAUAGAGUGGAUGGUACAAGACACAGUUUUUGCUCCCUUAUGUGAUGGUCUGAUCAAGUGAAAAUUGUCACUGGGUCAGUCAUAAAUUGCAUAUCCCGUAAUCAAAACAAAUUUCACCUUUGGUCACACUUCUUGAUUGUAGAGUAUGCUUUUUACAUUCAUAGGCAUCCUUGGUAUUGAAAGAGAAAAAUUAUAACCAACUGUUAUUGAAUGUGUUGAAAAUGUGAAAAGGAAAAGUAUUAUAUGCCUUAUUUAUAAGUCAUUAAUAGUUUUGUAUCAUUGAUGCCAAAUAUAUUUGACUCAAUUUACUAUAAAACAUUUACUUGUUAGAUGUAUUAGAUUGAAUGCACAUAUUGUAUUAUGCUAGAUGUUAAGAAUAUUAUAACAAGUUAACUUACAAUUUUUAUUCUACUCAAUUUAUAAGUCAUCUAUAUUAAUAUUAUGAAAAGGUACUUAAUUACGUUUAAAUUAUAUGAGUUAUACAAAUAAAAAAGGAAAAUAAAUUAAUAA